AUGCAGUAUUCCACCGCAAGCGCGCUUUUCGAAUUCGCAGCAGAGGGGAGAAAGGAGAUAAUCGGGCUAAAACACCCGGAUACUCUGAGGUCGUUUUACUGGCUUGGCGAUACGAAAUUUGAGCUUGAGCUUUUCCAAGAGGCAGAGGUGGUUCUGAGACAGAACGCAGAAGACCGAGCAAGUAUUCUUGGAUCCAACAACCAUGAAACCCUCCAAACAAGUCACAGACUUGGUAUUUCUCUCUGGGCUCAACAGAGGUGGAAGGACACUCUGUCCGUUCUGGAAUUGGUGGUCGAGCAAAGACGAAAUACCUUGGGUCAAGGGCAUCCAAACACUCUGAGCUCUUUGUUUUGGACUGGCUACUCCUUCUACAAGCUUGAGCUGUACGGAAAUGCACGGCUAGUUUUCGAAGAAGUAGCCGUUGACCAGAAGGUAACCCUUGGGUUUUUGGGUCACGAAACUAUCCGGACGAUAUGUUUCAUCGGCCGCUGCCUCUAUCAGUUAGAGAGAUGGGACGAAGCGACAGCUACAUUAGAAAAGGCGGCCACGUUGAACCAUCUCUCAGGGCCAAACCGCACUACGUUACAUGUGCUUUAG